AUGCAGGGCAAGAAGCCGGGCGGCUCGUCGUCGGGCGGCGGCCGGAGCGGCGAGCUGCAGGGGGACGAGGCGCAGAGGAACAAGAAGAAGAAAAAGAAGGUGUCCUGCUUCUCCAACAUCAAGAUCUUCCUGGUGUCCGAGUGCGCGCUGAUGCUGGCGCAGGGCACGGUGGGCGCCUACCUGGUGAGCGUGCUGACCACCCUGGAGCGGCGGUUCAACCUGCAGAGCGCCGACGUGGGCGUGAUCGCCAGCAGCUUCGAGAUCGGCAACCUGGCGCUCAUCCUCUUCGUCAGCUACUUCGGGGCACGCGGGCACCGGCCGCGCCUCAUCGGCUGCGGGGGCAUCGUCAUGGCCCUGGGCGCGCUGCUGUCCGCCCUGCCCGAGUUCCUGACUCACCAGUACAAGUACGAGGCGGGCGAGAUCCUCUGGGGCGCCGAGGGCCGCGACGUGUGCGCCGCCAACGGCACGGCCAGCGACCAGGGGCUGGACCCCGACCUCAUCUGCCGGAACCGGACCGCCACCAACAUGAUGUACCUGCUGCUGAUCGGCGCCCAGGUGCUGCUGGGCAUCGGUGCUACCCCCGUGCAGCCCCUGGGCGUGUCCUACAUCGACGACCACGUGCGCAGAAAGGACUCCUCGCUCUAUAUAGGAAUCCUCUUCACAAUGCUGGUGUUCGGACCCGCCUGCGGGUUCAUCCUGGGCUCCUUCUGUACCAAAAUCUACGUGGACGCUGUGUUCAUCGAUACAAGUAACCUGGACAUCACCCCGGACGACCCCCGCUGGAUCGGAGCCUGGUGGGCCGGCUUCCUGCUCUGUGGUGCCUUACUCUUCUUCUCCUCCCUCCUGAUGUUCGGGUUCCCGCAGUCUCUGCCCCUGCACGCCGACCCCGCCCUGGAGAGCGAGCAGGCCAUGCUCCCCGAGAGGGAGUACGAGAGGCCCCCGCCCAGCAACGGGGUGCUGCGGCACCCGCUGGAGCCUGACAGCAGCGCCUCCUGCUUCCAGCAGCUCAAAGUGAUCCCCAAGGUCACCAAGCACCUGCUCUCCAACCCCGUGUUCACCUGCAUCGUCCUGGCCGCCUGCAUGGAGAUCGCCGUGGUGGCCGGCUUCGCCGCCUUCCUGGGCAAGUACCUGGAGCAGCAGUUCAAUCUCACCACUUCGUCUGCCAACCAGCUGCUCGGGAUGACCGCCAUCCCCUGCGCCUGUCUGGGCAUCUUCCUGGGCGGCCUGCUGGUGAAGAAGUUCAGCCUGUCGGCGCUGGGCGCCAUCCGGAUGGCCAUGCUCGUCAACCUGGUGUCCACGGCGUGCUACGUCUCCUUCCUCUUCCUGGGCUGCGACACGGGCCCCGUGGCCGGGGUCACGGUUCCCUAUGGAAACACCUCAGCACCCGGCGCAGCCCUGGACCCCCACUCGCCCUGCAAUAAAAACUGUGAAUGCCAAACCGACUCCUUCACGCCCGUGUGCGGGACGGACGGCGUCACCUACCUGUCUGCCUGCUUCGCCGGCUGCAGCAGCGCGAACCUCACCGGCUGCGCGUGCCUGACCACCGGGCCGCCCGAGAACGCCACCGUGGUCCCCGGCAAGUGCCCCAGCCCCGGCUGCCAAGAGGCCUUCCUCACCUUCCUGUGCGUCAUGUGCGUCUGCAGCAUGAUCGGGGCCAUGGCCCAGACGCCCUCCGUCAUCAUCCUCAUCAGGACCGUCAGCCCUGAACUCAAGUCAUAUGCGCUGGGAGUGCUUUUCCUCCUCCUUCGCCUGCUGGGCUUCAUCCCCCCGCCGCUCAUCUUCGGGGCCGGCAUCGACUCCACCUGCCUGUUCUGGAGCACCUUCUGCGGGGAGCCGGGCGCCUGCGUCCUCUACGACAACGUGGUGUACCGCCACCUGUACGUCAGCAUCGCCAUCGCGCUCAAGUCCUUCGCCUUCCUGCUCUACACCACCACGUGGCAGUGCCUGCGGAAGAACUACAAGCGCUACAUCAAGAGCCACGAGGGCGGCCUGACCACCAGCCCAGAGUACCGAGACAUUGACACCGAGAAGGCCUGUCGCGGGUCCCAGUCACCUUCGGAAGACUCCUUUGUGAGAAGCUGA